AUGUCACCAAAUCGAAAUAGAAAUAGUAAUAUGGGAUGCAAUGUUGUGGUGCGAUGGUUCUUCGACGACUUCUGGUUUCAGGAAAUUGACCCAUUAGAUAUCUCCAAUCGUAGAUACUUUCUUGAUGUUUGGUUGUCCAUUUACAAAUUCAUGAUAUCCCGAUACAAUUUUGUGAUAAAUUCUCGAGACGUUAAUCCUCGUCUACCUCUCCGCCUUUCAUCCUUGUCGCCGCCUCCUCUCAGGUUCAAGAAGUCCCUAAAAAUGGCUGAUGGAGAAGAGGACUUGCCAAGAGAUGCCAAAAUUGUGAAAACUUUGCUAAAGUCAAUGGGGGUUGACCACUAUGAACCCCGUGUUGUUCACCAGUUUCUAGAAUUAUGGUAUCGAUAUGUGGUCGAUGUGUUGACCGAUGCACAAGUUUACUCAGAACAUGCUGGAAAGUCAACCAUUGAUUCCGAUGAUGUCAAGCUUGCUAUUCAGUCUAAAGUCAACUUCAGCUUCUCCCAACCUCCUCCACGAGAGGUGCUACUGGAAUUAGCGAGGAACCGGAAUAAGAUUCCGUUGCCGAAGUCGAUAGCCGGACCAGGAAUGGCACUGCCCCCUGAUUCCGACACUUUGAUCAGUCCAAAUUAUCAACUUGUGAUUCCGAGGAAAAGAACAAAUGAAGCUAUUGAAGAAACAGAGGAAGAGGAAGAAGGUAGUGACCCUAAAACAAACAUGUCACAAGAACAAAGGACGGAUUUGCCACAAAAUACUCCUCAACGGGUUUCCUUUCCUCUUGGCCCAAAACGGGCUAGGUGAAGGUCAAUUUCGUAAAUUGAUAUAGAUUGUUAAUUGUUCAUGUAUGUUUGAUAAUUGAGAUAAUGCUAGUGAAAACUGAAACUUUGGCAUGUUAGUUAAAAAAGUAUUUUUAUAUCGUGUAUGGCUUAUGUUUCUGUUUUUAAUCUCUAUAAAUGCGUUGCU